AUGACCCUCUGCUGUAAACUGCCAUUGUAUAUCGAUAAGAUAGACGUCAAGGCAGAGGUGAGUUGCAUCACACAAACGGCUCGCACGAAAAUUCAAAUAACACUGCGGUCAAUGUACUCGUCGGAACAACACAUGGCACAAGUGAAGGACUUUGCGUUCGUGGUGAUAGUCCCCACGUUGAAUGGGAUCGUGUCAUCGAUAGAAAUGACGUAUUUGGAGAAGUGUUGUUUAAAGCCAAGUUGCUAUGCAACACGGUCGAAAAAUGUGAAAGGGCUCUCAAGAACACAUUUAGAGUUAAUUAAAGAGAAAAACGCUAAACACUUAACACCCGGUUUCAUCUUUGCAGGGAUUAUUCCUGUUUAUGACACCUAUAGUAAUAUUUUAUUAACAUAUACUAUCGACCACGCACUCAUUCAUAUCCCAUCGAAUACCGUCACCCUCUAUUCCCUCGGAAAAGACUUAUUUAAAGACGCGCGAUCACUAGAAAUCUCGAUGGACAUCGAGAGUAAGAACACCGUUGGGAAUAUCAAGUCUACCCUCCCGAUGAUGUUCUCGUACUCCACAACAAAGACAAACGCCAUCAUUAAAACAAAGCUGGAGAAGUUCAAAAUCUCGUCGAACUCGGACUUGGAACUGUUGAAGAAAAAGGAUAUGAACAUGUACAUACUGACAGACACCAGCGGAGACUUCAUCUCGCGCUACAGCAAUGGACUCUUCUUCCAAAUGAAUAUCAACAAGAAUUUGAGUUUGUAUCAAGAGAAGUAUCUUAGUAUCGUCGUCGACUUGACACUUGACAAAGAAGAGUUACAGUGGUGUAAAGCGUAUUUGAUAGGGUUGCUCAUCCUGUGCGAGACGCGAAAUUCGUUGUGUGGGUUUAACGUCUACACCAUCCAAUCGACUACAACCAGUUUUGAACUCUUUCAGUUGGACUCGAAAUACUUCAAAUCCCCAACACAUGACGAUUAUAAGAACGCAGUACACUUCAUCGAAGGCCUUGUGCCGUCGGAAACGAAAUCGAUCACUGACGUUGUCAUCACACAAUUCACACCAUUCACAGAGACGACAGAUGUUGUCUUGGCGACACAAUCAAGGUCAACCAAAUUGUAUGCGGGAGAGAAGUUUAGUACACACUACUUGUUUAGUGGGGAGUUAAUCAAUUUGUACUCUGCGUGGAAUUUGAAUGGAAAACAUACCUACUUUGAUAUGGUCGGACCAAAUCGCCUGAAUGACAUGGAACGUGGAAUCUGGGGCCUUUACUUUGCGAUGAUUGCGCAGAGACUUGCAUUAGUCAAAUUAGAUGUUGAAUAUGAAAGUUUAGAGGAAACACUAGAUGUCUUGGAUGUUGGACAAACGGAGAACAUCCCAAGUUAUACAUACACCGAUGGAGACACUUUAAAGCUGUUCUUCCCAACAACAAAGAAGAUUAAAACACCGUUGAAAGUGCACGCUGUGUUUCGAAAUGAGGAGUUUGGAACUGAAGUGAUUGAAGACAAAUUCAUUCAAGUUGAAAUUGAACAUGAAAAUGAGGAGCAAUCGUUUGUAUUAGAAUUCAAUCAACUGUACGCUUUGAACUCAACUGAACUGUUUAAUAGAACAACGGAGAAUCGAGUGGCAUCAGCCUAUUCUAUUCUGGACGCAUCACCAAUAGUCAGUUGUUACUAUUCGAAUCUCCAGACUAAACCAUUCACGUUCAAGACUCCAAUUGCGGAAUUGAAUAUGAUCCCGACACAUACCCCACUGGAUUGCCCUGUUGUUGAACCGGGAGACUAUGAACCCGACGAUAAGAUCAAACACUUUAUUACAUCGACGUUGAAUAAGUUGAGUGAUAUGACAUUUGCUGGUGUUGUGACUGAUUUGUUAACGAUUGACUAUUCGAAUGGAUGUGUCAUCUCAUAUUUAGCGAAAACUAUUGUGAACAGAGCGUCAAGAGAUAUUAAGUACAUUCCAGCAUAUGCAGAUUUGUGUGUGUCACUCUCACUGUUCAUCUCUGCGAACUUCACACAACUCUUGUUGAACAUCUUGAACGUCGAAUUUAAUGUGAGGAACACCACGGAGACGGACUUGGUGGCAAAAGCAGAGGCACUCUCCCCGGAAGUCAUCCAACGGAUCUUGUCACAGUCACAAAUCAGAUUCUCUGCUAUCAUCAAAUUCAUAGGGCACUUGAACUUGCGCGGGUUCUUCCCGUCCCAUUUCAUCGUCAAAAUUAUUCGACAACUCUUGGACGACUACGUCGACCAAUCGUUUGAAUACCUCAUCUUACUCCUUCACAUCAUCGGAAGUGUUUGGGACUCAUCAAACGAUUUAUCGUUCUUAAUGGACGAAGCCUUUGGUACGAUCGAGUCGGUUCUACAAACGCCACAAGGAGUGUCUAAUAAAGUCCGGUUUCUUUUAAUGGACUUGGUCGAUGAGAGGGAAAAUAGGUGGGUCAAAAAACAAGGGAAGGCGCCGUCUGUAGCGAAGCCGGGAGAGUCGUUUGAUCCGUCUCUGCAGACUAUUGAUGAGGAUGAAAUGUCACCUGAAAAAGAGUCGUCUGCAUUGAAUGACUAA